GGCAGGCUCGCGCCCGGGCUCGCCCGCGCCGCGCCAGAGGCUCGCGCACUCAGCAGGUUGGGCUGCGGCGGCAGCAGCGGCGGCAGCUGUGGAGCUGGGGCGCUGCUUGUGAGAGGUCCCAGACGCUUCUGCGGCUCUGGCUACGCUACUCUCAUCCGAGUCUCCGUGCUGGGUGCUGAGGAGGCAACAGCUCUAGCGUUGAGAACCCAGAGCACAGCCCUAGCUGCUUCCGACAGCGCCUUCCUUCCGUUUCUAGCCCCGGGCCUCGCUCGGUGCUAGGCGACUCAGACGGGAGGCGGCGGUGACGACGGCUGCCUGUCUGUGUAGAGGAGCCCUGCCCUCUGGCCUUGCCCCGCCACCGGGCCCUACAGGGGCCGAGAGAGCUCGGCGCCCGCCCUUCCUUUAGCCUCUCCAUCGACCGGUUGGAGCAGCGUCGGUCUCUGGGCUGAGGCGUCCUCCGGCUCCAUCAUGUCCGCGGGCGGAGACUUCGGGAAUCCGCUGAGGAAAUUCAAGCUGGUGUUCCUGGGGGAGCAGAGCGUUGGAAAGACAUCACUGAUCACCAGAUUCAUGUAUGACAGUUUUGACAACACCUAUCAGGCAACAAUUGGUAUUGACUUUUUAUCAAAAACAAUGUACUUGGAGGAUCGAACAAUCAGGCUGCAGCUGUGGGAUACUGCGGGUCAGGAACGUUUCCGUAGCCUCAUUCCCAGUUACAUCCGUGAUUCUGCUGCAGCCGUAGUAGUUUACGAUAUCACAAAUGUUAACUCAUUCCAGCAGACUACAAAAUGGAUUGAUGAUGUCAGAACAGAAAGAGGAAGUGAUGUUAUCAUCAUGCUAGUAGGAAAUAAAACAGAUCUUGCUGACAAGAGGCAAGUGUCAAUUGAGGAAGGAGAGAGGAAAGCCAAAGAGCUGAAUGUUAUGUUUAUUGAAACUAGUGCAAAAGCAGGAUACAAUGUAAAGCAGCUCUUCCGACGUGUUGCAGCAGCUCUACCUGGAAUGGAAAGCACACAGGACAGAAGCAGAGAAGACAUGAUUGACAUAAAACUGGAAAAGCCUCAGGAGCAACCAGUCAGCGAAGGAGGCUGCUCCUGCUAAUCCCCCAUGGCAUCUUCAACUUUCCUCCAGAAGCUCACUGCUUUGGCCCCCUUACUCUUUCAUUGACUGCAGUGUGAAUAUUGGCUUGAACCUUUUCCCUUCAGUAAUAACGUAUUGCAAUUCAUCAUUGCUGCCUGUCUCGUGGUGAUGAUCUAUUAGCUUCACAAGCACAAAAAAGUCAGUGUCUUCAUUAUUUAUAUUUUACAAAAAGCCAAAUGAUUCCAGCAUAUUCCAGUGAUAACUUUAAAAUUUACAUGCAUUUUCUUAACUUUUUUUCCUUUUUAAUUUUAUGAGAAUGUACUUCAAAAUGAUGGAAGUCUCAACAAUAUGUGGCUUGGUUAAGGAGCAAUUGUUGACAGCAGCACUUGCCUACCUACUUGAUCUCUUCCUGCUUUACUCACUUCUUUUUUACCCUGUUCCUACCCUCCCUCCUUCAAAACAAAUGAGGGGGCAAAGCAGUAGUCACACCAAGCCCAUGGGAAUUAUCCUUCAAUUUUAGUGUUGCCACUUGCUCUAGGCCUUGGGCCAAGAUAUCCAAAAUUAUUCUUGAGCAUUGAUACAGAUUUCUUAGACCUUAAUUGAGGUCAAAACUCAACUAUCACGAUAGACAGUGCUAGAAUAACAAAAAGGUUCUGGUGCGUCUUCAGAAUGAGUCCUAAUGAACAUACUGAGUACAUACAAGUAAAUGAACAUAAAAUAUAUUUCUGACCAAAACAAAUGAUCCUUUCACAUGUUAGACUCUGGGAGAGAAAAGUACAAGUGCUUCAGAACAGGUUUUAAAUAUUUAAUUCUCAUAAGAGCUGUUUCUCCCAGGGUUUUUAAAUAAUUGUCGAAAUAGAGUUACUCUGUUUAGAAAGCAAAACUUUUUUAAGCAAUAGAUUUCUCUUGGGCUCUUUCUUUGUUUCUCUUUGUUUCUCUUUCCUUUUUUUUUUUUUUUCAAUGCUAUGCAGGCAAGGCACGUAAAAAUCAAAUUCCUUUAACAAGAACCAUUGGAAUUUAAAUUUGGCAUCUUGAUCAAAACUACCAUAACCAGUAGAAACAAUGAUAUCUAAAGUUUACCAACUAAAGACUCCUCAACAGAAUAGCAAAUACUUUGUUCAGGCAUUUGAGGUCAAAUUUAAAAUGGAAACAGUUUUAAGUCCUUAGAGACAGAUCUGAAAAAGCAUCCAUAGAAGAGGGAAAGGAGAGAAUGAAAAUAAAACUCAAUAUUAUGCAGAUUUAUGCCUUAUUUUUCACCAUUUUUUUAUGUUGGUUCUCUCAAUCUGUUUUUGCUUUUUAUUAGAUAUGUAUAGUUUGGUUAAUUAACUAGUGAUUUAUAUUUAAGCUACAGUUAAUCUUUUUCCUUUGGUGAUAUUUAUUUCUUUGCUUUUUUAAAAGUAAUUUCAGUUUUUAGAUGUUUUAUUCAGUCUAUUUAGAGCUUCAUCAUGAUGGCAAUAUGUAUUUCCCUUAAAACACUGCAAACAAAUAUACUACGAGCGCACCAUUUUAAUCUUUACUAGUUAUUGUGAGAUUGCUGUGUAAGUUAAUCAACACAUUUGUAAAUACAUUGUUUGCAGGAAGAAAAUUUCUGAGUUACAACUCAGGAAAAGCCUGCUAAAUUUAUGUUGUAAGCAUUACUUAACACAGUAUAAAGACGAAAAGACAACAGAAAUAUCUUCAUACUUCCUCAUCCCCUCAUUGCAACAAAACCCUCAACUGGGAGAACCUUAUUCCCCUCUUUCCUCUUCCUCCUCCACUUCCCACUUAUUGUCACCUUGUAUUAUUCAGAGAGCACUUGGAUUAUGGGUCUGAUUAGGGAAAUGCUUUCAGAUAAUCAUUAGCCCACAUACCCCAGUAACUUAUACUCAAAAGAUGGGAUGGAGUGUAAAGUGCUUUUAUAAUACAAUAUUAUUGUUAAAGGCAAGGGUUGACUCUUUUGUUUUAUUUUGACAUGGCAUGUCCUGAAAUAAAUAUCAAUUCAAUAUGG